AUGGCGGAGUCCCUCACAGAGGAAGCCCCAUUGUCACUUGAGCUACAAAGUCUCAGAGCAUCAGUCAGGCGUUUUCAGGAUGAAGCACAUUCAUCUGCAGUAAAACUCCAGAGACAUUCUCUUGAUGCUGUAAGAAACCGUGAACGAGUUGUCCUCUUAGAGAGGGAGAACGACGUGCUCAAAGCUGAGCUUGCUAUUUUACGUGCAAAUCCUCAACCAGAUGGUCAAACAUCUCCAGCGGAUAGUCAAUAUCAGGUUCAAGAACUUUCUCUUUCAUUACGUCGACUUUCUCAAAGGCUGAGCUUGACCGAAGAAGCUUUACUUGCAACAAAAACUGAGCUGGCGGCAGCCCAUGCGGCAGCCCUGAAGGCAUCCGCAAAUGCAGAGAAUGCCUACGAACUGGGCGCGCGUGUUCGAGGCCGUGAGGAGGAAGCUCUGGUGCGGCAACGGGAUUUGGAACAGAGAAUAAAGAAACUGGAAGAAGAACUGCGAAUGUCCGAUCUAGUGGUGCAAGAGUAUGCGGCGUUAGUGAGAAGCAUGCAAACUCGAUCUUCGUCUGACGCAAACCCUCUCAACCUUCAAGGGACUUUGAAAGAAGGCAAAUUAAGACUCGAUCACCUAUUUAGCGGUAUUCAAGUCGAAUGCGACACUUUGGCACGCAAACUCGAAGAAAAGAGUGCCGAACUAGAGGUCUGCAAUUCCAAACUCGAUGCUGAACGAAAGGCCAAUGAAGCAGUUCUAGCAGAACUGGGAAGAACACAAACAGAGUUAUCUAAACUUCAAUUGGAGGACGGGACAGCAGCGAAGAUGGUGUCUCACUACAUGCACACAUCCACGAAUAAGCUUCUGAACACUCUCAACGCUCUUCAAUCUCGACACGCCAGUACAGUUUCCACACUAUCUUCACAAAAUCACACACUCUCCACCCAACUACGAUCCCUCGAAUCUCAGAAUGAGCGAGUGCUUAGUGCGUUGGAUGAGCUGGGCGGGGAAAUCAUGAAAGAGGCAUAUGGACGUCGACGGGAAAUCGCUCAACGCAUCCGUAUGACUGCCAGAGAGGAGAGGGUUGUAGAGGGUUUGCGGAGAUGGAUUCGCCGUGGAGACGAGAUGCUUAGCCGCUUGCAUGAUCGUAAAGCAGAACUACAUAAUUCUCAAAAAUAUCGCGAAGCGCUCUUGGAAAUGGCCCAGCAUGCUCGCAUCUUACUUGAUAGCUUGGACAACGGAAUUUUUGAUGUGGAAACUGCUCUGUCCUUUUCAGGAGGUCGUGCACGGAAGGUCCUUGUUCGCAUUGGGUUGGACGGUCUUUUAGAAGAACUGAGCAACGAAACCGAAAGGAGGUUAUUAUUGGAACGGAUGAUGGCGACCGAUGGGUUCAAUAUCACGGUCUCUGAGAAUACGGAUAGAUCUACAAUGCGCGACCCUCAAGUUUUACAGAAACCACUACUUCCACACAACGUUAAAAAUCUUCCUACCCCGCCGCUUCCAAUGCCUCCUGUUGUCGUAAAUGAUUCGGAGAUUGCCUCCUCGAGGUCGUCUCAAUCAUUUGGAAUUCAAGCAGAUAUGUCUGAGUUUCCAGGCGUAGAAAGCUCUAAGCAAUGCAACUCAAUUCUCGGCCCUCCCUCUAGAAGUUCAACAGAUUCUCUUCAAAAAGUAACACAGUCGCCUGACGUGAUCGAAGACGCUUUAACUAUACCGACAAUUGACCAAGAGAUGCACACUGCCAACGACAUGUUUGCACUCGAUGAUAAAUUUAUUGAAGUUCGAGAAAACGUAUUAGAUAUCGCGACACUCGCAAAAGAUGAUCAAAACACGGACAUCUUUGAAGCUCACACCGAAUCUGUAGACGAUUUGACCAUUACAUCAUCACCAUCAUCCAUACAUUCGGCUUCUGUCUCAACCCUCACCCACAAAAUUCCUUCAUCACCGCCAUCAGUAAAGGUAUCAGACAUCACCUCAACAUCAGAGCCUCAUACGGCACUAAAGCUACACCCUAUGCUUGCUGAGCUCGCCAAAGUUCACAAACGCUAUGACGAUUUACAAUGUGCAUUUAGGGAUUGCCAUUUUGCACUGGAAGACCUGAAGGCAAGUCUGAGCUUUACUUUUUCAACGAAAAACGGAUAUCCAACCGCUGUGGCUUUCGGACAUAACCCCUCCACCUCUUCUGUUCUGUCCCCGUUGAAUACACCCAUUCCUUUUCCGAAUUCUAUUUCUAUACCAGAAGAAAUUCUGCUAGCAGCCUUGGGACGCUUAGAUGAUUACACUGAGGACACUCGUGUUGAACUGGAGAUCCGUGUUGGUGACGAAACUUUGCUUGCGAAAGGGUUUGAAGCUCUCCUAAGCGUUCCAGGUGCAUUGCUCGAGCAUCAACAGGGAGAAGAACAGCCUCUAGACACCCAUGGCAUGUUUGAAUCACAGAAAGAUAGCGAUCUACUUCCCAAGCAAUCGGAGGUGGAGAAACAAAUUAAGGCAUUCGUUGAUGGAACAGAUCCCGCCGUUCGAAGGGCACGGGAUAUCUUUGCUCGCAAGUUGGAAGAUGUUCAGCAUGAUAUCGCGGUAUUGAAGAAAGCUAUCCACGAUCCUGAAUCCAUGCAGACCCAUGAUUCGUUUGCUAAUUCCGAAUCUUCGCCCUCCAGUCUUGUCUCGCUACAUGCUGAACAUGACAAUGGAUGGACGACAUGGAUCCGGGGCCCUUCUUCAAGAUCAAGCAGUCCAGCACCAGUCACAGCGUCACUUGGACCUUCACCAACGUUUGGAAGCAUUAUGACAAGCCCACGACUUCGGUCUCCAUCUUCUACUGGAAAUUUUCAUCAGAGUACCGUCCAAAAAAAUUCGACAAGGUCUCGAAAAAGCAGCUUUUUGGGGUUAGGCCUAGGAGAUGCAACAGAACAAAUAAAAGACCCGCUCUCUAUGCUUGGUUUAAAAGUUCCAAUGCCUAGUUUUGCGAGUCCUGCUUUGGUAGUACCGAGUGCGCAUUUCACUGGAGCUAAUAGUAGUGGCUACGGAAAGAUGACGAUAUCUUCUAUGAGCCCCGUGGUUUCCACUCCGAGAACACGGGCGACAUCAUCAACUAUAUACAUGCUCGGUUUAGGUUCUUCCAGUCCAAUGAUCCCUGGUCAAUCAACAGGCCCAAGAAUACUCAGGUCUCCGAGUGGUCCUCCCGGUAGUUUGCUGUUGCAUAGGCAACAUGUAUCACAGCCGCAGAUCUUGUCACCUCAAAUUCAGCAGGGAACAGAAACACAAAGCCAUUUUUCUUCGACUAAUGAGCAGCUAAUCGUUACGGCUAAUGAUGAAGAGGAGGAUGAAGAGGAGGACGGUGUUGAAUGA